AUGGAAUAUGCUAGGAGUAAUUGCAAUGGCAAAAUUUGGAUUUUUUGGGACAGGGACAUUGAUUGUGUAACUCUGGAGGAGGAUGAACAACAAAUCACUUGUGACAUUAGCCAUAAUGAGCUUCAGACUCCUUUCAAGAUUACAUUUAUGUAUGCCAAAUGUAAAGAUCAUCUCAGAAGACCUUUAUGGGACAGAAUGCUAUUUCAAGCUGCUGACUCUAACAAACCUUGGUGCUCCGUGGGUGACUAUAAUCUUAUUACUACUAUUGAAGAAAAGCUAGGUGGAGUUCCUUACAAUAUGAGAAAAAGUCUAGAAUUCAUUGCUACUAUUGAAGCUUGUGGUCUUCUGGAUUUAGGCUUCAAUGGACAGAAAUAUACCUGGUCCAAUAACAGAGGUAUAACUCAGAGAGUUUGGAAAAGACUGGACAGAGCUCUGGUUACCGAUACUUGGCUGGAAAAAAUGCCCCAGACUACCAUCACUCACUUACCAUCUGUAGGAUCAGAUCACUGUCCUCUACUGAUGGAAAUGAUCGUAAGGGAGGAAGAGCAUAUCAAAUACUUCAAGUUCCUUAAUUGUUGGGCUGAUCAACCUAAAUUUCUGGACAUAGUAAGGGCCUGCUGGGAAAGGACUGUAGAGGGCAACAAUAUGUGGAAAUUCCAUCAGAAAUUGAAAAGAUUGUCUAACACCCUUAGUCACUGGUCGAGAAAGGAAUUUGGGGACAUCUUCAAUAAAGUCAAAGAGUAUGAAGAAAAAGUCAGAGCUGCAGAGGAGAGCUUAAUUCACGAGCCCAAUGACACCAACAGAGCUAAACUCCAUGAACUCAAUGCAGAGUACAUCAGAUUCUUGAAGGUUGAAGAUUCCAUUUUGAAACAGAAGACUCAGUUACAGUGGUUCAAAGAGGGUGAUAGUAACACAAAAUACUUCCACUCUCUUAUAAGGGGAAGAAGAAGAAAAUUAUUCAUUCACAAACUUAGCAGGAGCGAUGGGGAUUGGAUACAAGGCGACGAUAAUAUUGCUGAAGCAGCCUGUGAGCAUUUUCAGGAAAUAUUUACAGGGGAAAGCAGCCUGAUCAAUGAGAGGGCCUUGGAGUGCAUCCCCAGGAUAGUCACUCAAGAACAUAAUAGUAGCCUAACUACAAUGCCUAAUCUGGAAGAGUUGAAGGAAGUAAUCUUCUGUAUGAAUCCUAACUCUGCAGCUGGUCCGGAUGGGAUGAAUGGAUAUUUCUUUCAAAAAUGUUGGAAUAUCAUUAAGCAUGACCUCCUUGAUGUCAUCCAUGCUUUCUUCUGUGGUCAAAUGAUUCCCAAAUAUAUGUCUCAUUCAUGCAUUGUGCUCCUCCCUAAGGUGAGUAACCCCAAUAAACUCACAGAAUUCAGGCCUAUCAGUCUUAGCGAUUUCACUAGCAAGAUCAUAUCUAAAAUAGUGAGCUCUAGACUUAGUCCUAUUCUUCCUAAGUUGGUAUCUCUCAAUCAAUCUGGAUUUGUUAAAGGGAGAAGCAUAUCUGAAAACAUCAUGCUGGCACAAGAGAUCAUUCAUCAGAUCAAGAGACCUAAUAUUGGAAGCAAUGUUAUUAUUAAAUUAGACAUGGCUAAAGCUUAUGAUAGGGUCUCUUGGUCCUAUAUUUGUUUGGUGCUAAGAAGAAUGGGGUUUGAUGAGGUCUUUAUUGAUAUAGUUUGGAGAAUAAUGGCUAACAAUUGGUAUUCUAUCAUCGUCAAUGGCAAAAGGCAUGGUUUCUUCCACUCCACUAGAGGGAGACAGAAGACUCUUAAGCUCGUUAUGCAAACCCUGAAGAACUACGAAGAGAUCUCAGGCCAACUUAUUAACAGUGACAAAAGCCACUACAUGGUCCAUACUAGUGCCUUCAAUAACACUAGGGAUAGGAUCAAGAGAAUCACUGGUUGGCAAACAAGGUUAUUGAGCUAUGGAGGUAGAGCGAUCCUGGUCAAACAUGUGUUACAAUCCCUACCUAUCCAUCUCUUAUCAGCAGUGACCCCUCCUGUUACUGUCCUAAAACAGGUUCAAAGUAUUAUGGCUGACUUCUUCUGGGGAUGGAGGAACGAGAGGAAAAAAUAUCAUUGUGCCUCUUGGAAAAACUUAAGUUUUCCCUAUGAUGAAGGAGGUAUUGGCAUGAGAAACCUUAAGGAUGUAUGCAAGGCAUUCCAAUACAAACAAUGGUGGUGCUUUAGAUCUAAACAAACCCUUUGGGGAGAUUUUUUGAAGGCUAAAUAUUGUCAAAGAUCAAAUCCUAUUAGCAAGAAAUGGGACACAGGUGAUUCCUUAACGUGGCGACAUCUGAUGCAUAACAAACAUAAAGUUGAAGAUCACAUUCUGUGGAAACUAAACUCAGGCAACUGCUCCUUUUGGUGGGACAACUGGCUUGGUGUUGGACCUCUUGCUCAGUUCUCCUCGAACAGUAAUAGAUUCAACAACAUUACUGUAGAAGAAUUUUGGGUCGGGGGACAAUGGAACCAGAAUAUGCUCACUCGACUAGCUCCCAGCAAUUACCUCGCUGACAUACUGGCCACCAGGUUCUAUAUACAGCAAGAUAUCCCUGACCAAGCCAUCUGGAAACUCAACACAGACGGCAAGUUUACAUGUUCUUCUGCGUGGAAUGAGAUUAGAGAAAAGAGGACCAAGACAAUGUUUAAUACAUUCAUUUGGCACAAGAGUAUUCCUUUUAAAACCUUUUUUCUAUUAUGGAGAACUUUACGUGGUAAACUUCCUACUAACGAAAAACUGACCAGCUUUGGCAACGAGCCUGCCAAUUGUUUUUGUUGUUAUUACAGGCCAGGGCUGGACACUAUAGAACACACCUUCAACAAUGGACACUUUGCUACCUACGUGUGGAAGAGCUUUACUGCUGCGGCUGGAAUCGUACCUGAUCACAGAUCCUUAAUUCAACUCAUCUCGCAAUGGUGGUCAGCUAAGUACAACAAUGAAGCACACAAACUACUACUACAAGCUACACCAAUAUUUAUUUGUUGGAAUCUUUGGAAGAAUCGUUAUGCUACCAAAUAUGGAGGCAAAUCGUCCAACAUUAGUCGAGUUAAAUAUGCAAUCUACAAGGACAACUACAAAUUAAUGUGCAUACUUUUCCCCCAAAUAAAAUGGCCUUCAAAUUGGAACGAGCUGUUUCUGUUAGGCGAAAACUGUCUACAUGAUACCAAAGUGGUUCUUGUCAAAUGGAUUAAACCCACAGAUCGAUGGGUCAAGAUCAACACGGACGGCAGUGCACAGAGCAUCACUGGUAGAGCAGGAGCAGGUGGUAUUUUAAGGGACCAAGAAGGAGAAAUGUUAUUAGCAUUUGCUACACCUUUGGGGGAAGGCACCAACAACCAAGCUGAAAUAGGGGCAGCCAUAUUUGGCAUGACAUGGGUUCUUCAAUUAGGCUAUAGAAAUGUUUUUUUGGAGGUGGAUUCACAGCUGCUGGUAGAUUGGAUCACGCUGAAAAUCAGGCCCCCAUGGAGCAUUAUCACACAACUACAGCAGCUUCAAGAACUCAUCAAACAAACCCAAAAUUUCCGAUGCACACACAUCUUCAGGGAAGCCAACUAUGUGGCUGACUCUUUAUCUAAGCAUAGCCACAAAAUGACAAGUCCUCAAAUAUAUUGCAACAGUCAACAACUACCAAAAGAAGCUAAUGCAUAUUAUCAAUUAGACAUGAUUGAGAUGGUCAACUUCAGAAGAAGGAAAAUAAAACGAAUCAAAGAACCACCUUGA